AUGCAAUCGCGUCGGUUUCUACGGCCUUUAUGGCACUCUUUACCGAUACGAGUGUCUCCUCCUUCUCCCUCGAUCUUCCCCUCUCUCCGCCUUAUCCAACGAACUCAACCAUUCUCCCAUACUCUCUUCCGCAAAAACAACUGGCCACGCCCUCCUCGCGAGACUCGCAACUAUAACCUUGAUCCUCACUACCGGCUCACCCAGGCCAAACCUCUCGUAACAUCCGAUCGUCUCAGGCGGUUCGCCCGUUCCCCGAGUCUACACACUGUUAUCGCCGUCUCCGUUGCGGGUGCGGUGGUAUUCUACUAUAUCAACGUUCAGACCGUACCAGUGUCAGGCCGCCGCCGCUUUAAUUGCUUUAGCGAGGAGUCGGUGGAGGCGGCGAGCGAAGCACAGGUCAAACGACUUAUAUGGGAGGUAGAACGUUCUGGCGGACGUUUCCUAAGCGACUGGGAUCCACGCAUGAUCAUGGUGAAGCGCGUCAUGAGAAAGUUGAUACCCGUAUCAGGCAUGGAAGAUUCUAAUUGGGAGAUCAGGGUGAUCGACGAUCCCCACACCGCGAAUGCAUUCGUCCUUCCUGGCGGGAAGGUCUUUGUCUUUAGCGGCUUGAUACCCAUUGCCGGAAACGACGAUGGCCUUGCGACGGUGCUAGGCCACGAGAUUGCUCACAAUCUAGCUGGGCACGUGGCCGAGCGCAUGUCAGGACAGAUUGGGAUAAACAUCCUUCUCUAUUCUCUUAUAUUUCUCACGGGUGGGAUAGCGAUUCUAGGUACACAGUUCAUUGGAAGCGCAGUCCUAGAUCUUCUAUUCUCGAGGCCCAUGGGCCGCAUGCAGGAGAGCGAAGCGGACUACAUCGGUCUAAUGAUGAUGGCGGAAGCUUGCUACGAUCCGCGCGAAGCCAUUGGUUUCUGGAAGCGUAUGGAAAGGGCACAACAGGGAGAACCGCCUGAAUGGCUGAGUACUCAUCCUUCCAACAACAACCGAAUACAAAAAAUAGGAGAAUGGUUGCCUACUGCUUUGGACAAGAUGCAGGCGAGCGAUUGUAGGGGAACUUCGGCGUUUGCAGAUUUAUUUAGGAGGGCUAUGGAACGGGGCGUACUCAUAGAGUAG